AUGGACACGAUAGUCGACCUCAAGGAUGCCUCGCAGGCACUGGAUCUCUCCAAUAUUCGCUUCCAGCUAAUCCGCCUGGAAGAUACAAUAACCUUCCACCUCAUCGAGCGCGUGCAGUUCCCGCUGAACAAGACGGUCUACAUCCCGGGCGCAAUAGAGCUGGGCGCGGACAAGAGCCUCAGCUUCAUGGACUGGUACCUGCGCGAGCAGGAGAAGAUCCAGUCGCGGAUCCGCCGCUACGAGGCCCCCGACGAGUACCCCUUCUUCCCGGACGCGCUGCAGCCGCCCAUCCUGAAGCCGAUCGACUACCCGCGCAUCCUGCACCCCAACGACGUCAACGUCAACGAGAAGAUCAAGCGCUUCUACACCGAGAAGUUCCUGCCCGCCGUGUGCCCGGACUUCGGCCGCGGCGACCGCGGCGAGUCCGAGGAGAACUACGGCUCCUCUGCCACCGCCGACAUCGCCUGCCUGCAGGCCCUGUCGCGCCGCAUCCACUUUGGCAAGUUCGUCGCCGAGUCCAAGUUCCAGUCCGACCCCGAGAAGUACACGGCCAUGAUCAAGGCGGGCGACCGCGACGGCAUCGGCGAGUCCAUCACGAAUGCCGCUGUCGAGAAGCAGGUCCUGCACAGACUGGGCCUCAAGGCGCAGACCUACGGUACCGACCCGUCCUCGGCCAACACGGAGGGCGUCGGCAAGAUCAAGGCUGAGGCGGUGGUGUCCAUGUACAAGGACUUUGUGAUACCCAUAACGAAGGAGGUGGAGGUGGAGUACCUGAUGCAGAGACUCAAGUGA